CUUGAACCAGGGAGGCAGAGUUUGCAGCGAGCCAAGAUCUCGACACUACACCCCAGCUUGGGCGACAGAGUGAGACUGUCUCAAAAAAAAAAAAAAAAAGAAAAGAAAAAGAAUGUGCCCCCUCUAGCGUGCCUCCCAGGUCACUCAACUGAUGGAAAAUGGAAUCCUACUACCGUGCAGGGCUCUAGAAAUUCAGCAGCGUUUCAUACAUGGCAUCCGCCAUCAAGGAAGUCACAGGAAGGUGGGAGGAAGACACAGAUAGCCACAAUAUAAAGUUUAGCCAAGUUCUCUUUUGCAAGGCUAAUCAUAGAUGAGGGGAUGCACCCUAGAGCCACCAAUCCGGCCCCUUCCGCCCCUGGCGGAAGCAUUAAUGACACUGAAAUGUGUCAGAGCUCCCACCAGCCCCCUCUUCACUGCUACUCUUUCCUCCCAGGCAAAACAGGAACCACAAACCCCAGCUUCCUCUUGCAGAGUGGAAGGCUGUGGCUUGUAGGGGAGACGGAAAUGGCUGAGGUGCGCAUACAAGACCUGAGUCACUUGAGCUGCUAUUGCCGCAUGUCUCCUCCCUCUCCCCCGCCCCAGUUCUAAGGUCUCCUGCUCUCACUUUGACUUUUCUGGCCUCUCCCUUACCCUUUAUUUCCAAAUGUGCACCUGAGUCCCCUGUGUGAUGUACACCCAUUUCCCGGGCUGCAGUGGGGGCUGCUGUGGGCAUCAAGGGCCGUGGGCAGGGCCUGGGGUGGGGACACAUCAGGGAGACACAGGGGAAGAGGAAGUGCCUUCGGUCCUCGGGAAGAUUGGCUUGUCUUGGUGGGUGGGGACGGUCAUUAUCAGCUUUCUGGACACACAGACACAGACAGACAGGAUGGACUUCCUCCGGCUACACCUCCCUGGGCUGCACCAGGCCUUGAGGGGGGCACUGGAUUCCCUCGGCACCUUUGUCUCCUACCUCUUGGGCGAUGCAGUCCCCACUGUAGAGCGGGAGGCACAGGCGGCUGAGGAACUGGGGGCAGUGGCCAUGGGAAGGACAGGGAAGAUUGUAGAGGAGGAAGCCCAGGAGGCCCUGGAGGGCCUUAGAGGCAGCCAAAACGAGGGGGCUGGAGGGCUGAAAGGGCCUGGAGAGGACAGAAGACGUGAAGCGGGGAGCUCAGCUGUGGAACAGACCUGGGGCUGGGGAGAUGGCAGCUCCCAUGGGUCCCAAGCAGAGAGGCAGGACAGUGGGGCUGGUGAGACAGCCAAGGCUGCCAGGUGCCAGGAGCCAAGUGCCCCCUUGGAGGCCAGAAAGAAAUCCAAGGCAGGGUCUGGGGCUUGCCAAGAGAGGAGCGGCCAAGCCCAGGAGAGGCAGGAGCCCGAUGAGCAGGAAGUGAACAGAGAGGAGAGGCUGAGAAUCUGGGAACAGGAGGAGGAGGAGGAAGAGGUCAGGGCAAGAGAGCCAGGAAUGGCCAGAGGGGCGGAGUCAGAGUGGACCUGGCACGGGGAGCCAGAGGGGAAGGCUGGUGCUGGCGGGCUAAAGGCGGCGGGGGACAACUGGGAGACGGAGCAGGGGGUCAGGAAGGCAGAUGCAGGGGAAACUGAGGAGCCUGGGGCCAAAGGGGCUGGGAAAGGAGAAGAGGUGGUGGUGGUGGAGAAGGCCUGUGAAAGCACUAGGGCAUGGGGGGCGUGGGGCCCAGGGGCAGAGCCUGAGGACUGGGGAAUCUUAGGCAGAGAGGAGGCCAGAACAACCCCAGGCAGGGAAGGGGUGAGGACAAUUUUAGAUGGGGAGGAAGCCAGGACGAUCUCAGGUGAGGAGGAGGCCGAGACAGCCUCAGGCGGGGAGGAGGCUGGGACAGCCCCGGCCAGGGAGGAGGAGGCCAGGACAGCCUCAGGCGGGGAGGAGGCCGGGACAGCCCCGGCCAGGGAGGAGGAGGCCAGGACAGCCUCAGGAGGGGAGGAGGCCUGGACAACCUCAGGCAAAGAGGAGGCUGACCUCCCGGGAGUCAGACAGACAGAAUAUGGAACAGUCCCAGGAGAAAGGCUCCUAGAGGCUACUGGAAAAGUCUGGGUCCUAGAAGAGGAGGGAGAUGAGGAGAGAGAGGCUGAGGUGAGCCCUUUUCCCAAACAGGCCCAGGUCCUGGGCACUGAGAGAACAGAAGAGGCUGCUGAGAGCCAGACAGCAGGGAGGGAGGCUGUGGGAGGCCAGGAAGCAGGGGAGAGCUUUGAGGGUCAGGCGGACCUGUGUGGGAAGGAGGCUGAGAUGAGAUGGGACUUGGAGAUCAGGGCCGACUGGGCCAGGCUGGAGGAGCUGGUACAGGCAGAGGAGGCCCAGGAGGAGAGAGGGAGUGGCAGGGAUCUAGCGGCUGAGCUGCCCUCAGAUGGAGAGGCUGAAGGCGCUGCUGACUUGGAGGUAACUCCAGAGGCCAGGCCUGAGGAGGAGCUCACAGGGGAGGAGAGCGAGGUGGCCCAGACUAGCUGCGGCCCACUGGGGGUGGAAUGGGGUGGCCUCACACACAGGGUCACCAAAGGCCAGGGACCUGAGCUGAUGGGAGGCACCCAGACCCCAAGUAAGCAACCCGAGGAAAGAGAGGCAGGUGAGGAGGAACUCCAGGGAGUUCUGGCCCGGAGCAAAGAGGAGCAGGAGAGGAGCCUGGAGGCAGGUCCCAGGCACGCGGAGUCUGUAAAGCCCGAGGCCUCUGAGGCCUUCCCAGGAGCCUGGGAAAACCGCACGAGAAGGGACAUGGAGAGAGGAAAUACCCAGGAGGAUGCGGCCAAUGGCGAGCAGUGGGAGGAGGAGGCUGCGGGAGGCCAGACCCCGGUGGCUGAGGCCGAAGGAGACCAAGAGUCUGAACUAUCAGAAGUCCCAGAGGCAGGCGGGGAGGGGCCGACAACCCAGGACACGGGAUGUGGAAUUGAGGAGGGAGAGGCAUCUGUCUCAGAGAACCAGGAUCUGGAUGGAAGCACAGGAGCAGACGCAGGGCCUGGCCUGUCACUGGGAGAGGCCUAUGCCAGAGAAACCAAGGAUGGGGAGGCGGAGGCUGACAGAACACCCAGGAGAGACUGGAGGCUGCAGGCGGUGGCUGUGGGCCUCCAGGACCGUGAGGACGCACAGACUGGCACUGUGGCUGCUGAGGUUAUGGGGGGUGAGGUGGACCCAGACGUCAGCGCUGCUGGUGGUGGUGAAGCUUUGGAAGGGGCACUUGGGCAAGGCUGGGACUUGAAAGAAAGGGAAGAGACAGCAGCAGGAGAGCAUGCAGGUGGGCAGGAAUUUGGCCUGGAGGGCUCAGCAGAGGAAGAGGUGGCAGGCAGAGGUGGCCAAGCAGAGGCUUUUGAGGCCAGGGAGGGAGGACCUGGGGGAGGGCGGGUAGAGGCAGAGGAAUCUGCAGGUACAGAGGACAGCUGUGGGCUGGAUCACGUGGGCUCCCAGACAUCGAGGGCAGAUGGGAUGGGAGCCAUGGUGGAGGCGCUGUUGGAAGAAAAGGCUGUCGGAUGGCAGGAAAGAGAACAGAGGGAAGACAGUGAGGGGCGGCGUGGGGACCACCACCCUGAGGGAGAGGCACCAAGGCUCCUUGAUGCAGAGGGUCUCAUGGUGACCGGGGGCUGGAGGGCAGAGGCCAAGGAGACUGAGCCAGAAAGCCUGGAAGACGUCAGGGGCCAGGAGGAGUGGCCAACACACCAGGCCCCUGCAGAAGCUGCGCCAGGGUCAGUCGGGGAAGCCGAGACGGCUGAGGCCACAGGCAGUGCCAGAGGAGGUGCUGCCAGCAGCUGGAGUGAGGCCCCACUCCCUGGGUCCCUCCUAGACGUCUCUGUCCCAAGGAGCCGCGUGCACCUCUCGAGAAGCUCCUCACAGCGUCGCUCCCGGCCCUCUUUUCGUCGGACUCCAGCCCUGGAGCAGCAGGAAGAGCCCCCAGCCCCCAAUCCUCCUGAGGAGGAACUGUCGGCCCCUGAGCAGAGACCCCUCCAGCCAGAGGAACCCCCAGAGCCAAGCCCUCUGAGGCAUGAUGGGACCCCGGUGCCAGCCAGGAGAAGGCCCCUGGGACAUGGGUUUGACCUCAUGCACCCCGGCAUGAUGCAGGAGCUGCAAGCCCGUCUGGGCCGGCCUAAGCCCCAGUGACUGAAACCCGGCGCUCUGGGAGCCAGGCCCUGAGUGGGGGCCAGAAGUCUCGCUCCGACACCGCUGAGCCCUGCUCCCUCUGCCACCGUGGACACAUCCUCUCCACCCUCUGGGCCUCAGCGUCUUGAUGUAUCAUUCAUGGAGCAGGCAAAACCAGACGUCUGGGAAGACCUUGACUUAAGGAGUCUGAUUCUCCAACACAGGCUGGUGGACCACCUACUCCACUGAGACCACGUCUCAGGGUGCCUGCCCUGGUUCCUCUCCAGCCUGAGUCAGCUAUCUGGACUGCAUGGAGGCUGGGCACGGGGGCUUAUGCCUGUCACCCCAGAGCUUUGGGAGGCCAAGGUGGGAGGAGUGCUUGAGACCAGGAGUUCGAGAUCAGCCUGGGCAACAUAGCAAGACCCCCAUCUUUUAAAAGCAAAAUAAAAAAAUAAAGACUGCAAGGAAGACUGAGAGGGAACAGCGACCAUUCUCCUUACAGGCCUCCCUCUCUGACUUCCGCUUCCCAACCCAACUCCCUGCACCAAGACCCUCAGAACUGAGCAGGGGUAACACAAACCUCUGGAGUCGCAUCCAGGCCAAAGGAAGGUGGUUAGGGGGCUUAAGGAGCACUGCUCAGAAUCAAAGACGAGCUGCCUUGAGCUUCCAAAAUGGUAGCUCGGCCUCAGGAUGCCACUGGUUACUAUGGCAACUGCCUGGCGGAGCAGGACAUAGUAGGGGAAGAUGGGCCAGGGACCCCAAAAACGUAGGAGCAGAGAGGGGUUCAGGAUGGCUAGAGGUUGCUGACCCCAUUCCAGGCUGCCCUGCCCUCUGGGUGUCAGCAGCCCUUCCCAGAAGAUAAGCGGAGGCCAGGGGUGGAUGAGAGUGCUUUAUUGGGCACCCAGCAUGGGGGCUCGGCCCAAGGAGGACCAGCAGGUUCUGAGACAAUAAAUAAACCAUCAUCUCUCUAACAAUAAAUAAAUAUCCAAGAAAUAAA